AUGGCGACUCUAACUCCAAUUUGUUCCCUAACAACGAAACCGAGUUUCAGUAACCCACAAAAACAACACAAUCACCACUCCAAUAAUCUCAAUUUCACAAAUCUAAAUCAUAACUCAAGAAAUUCAAACAAAGUAAUCCGAUUAGCCUCCGCCGCCAACCAGAACCAAUCUUCUCCGGGAUUAUACUCCGCCAAGAUAUUCGAUCUCACCGCUUCAAACGUCGACCUCGUUCUCGAAGAUGUUCGCCCUUACCUCAUCUCUGACGGAGGAAACGUCGAUGUCGUAUCCGUUGAAAACGGCGUCGUUUCUCUUAAGCUACAAGGAGCUUGCGAAAGCUGUCCUAGCUCAACCACAACGAUGAAAAUGGGAAUCGAACGAGUUCUUAAGGAAAAAUUUGGAGAUUCAAUCAAAGAUAUCGUUCAGGUUUUCGAUGAUGAUCAAUCAAGGGAAACAACCGUUGAGGCGGUGAAUAAUCAUCUAGAGAUAUUGAGACCGGCGAUUAAGAAUUACGGUGGUAGCGUGGAGGUGUUAUCAGUUGAAGGUGGUGAUUGUGUUGUGGAGUAUGUUGGACCUGAGUCCAUUGGAUCAGGAGUUAAAGCUGCAAUCAAAGAGAAGUUUCCAGAUAUUCUCAAUGUUACAUUCUCCACAUAG